AACAACUCGAGCGGUGAUCAAUUGCUAAAAAUCGAGGAUGUGGUAAUCUUAUAUUAUUUGAUGAAAAGGCCAGGCUUCUUUCCAAUGGAGAGAGCAAAACUGACGAGUCACAGCGUGAAGUAGAGAUGGGAACAAUUCUCCAUCCCACACCAAAUUUCAUCGCUCGCACUACAGAUCCAAGAUUAAAUCUGUUAAAAGAGGUUCUAGGUCUGUUGGUGACGAAUUGCGUGGGAGAAGCUUUGGCGCUGUGAAUAACAGAAAUAGAUGGGAAGUGAUGGAACUCGAAGGUUGGCUUCUACGAGGGAUGGUAUAGUACCUGUACUGUUCAGUACAGAGCUCUAGCGCGAAGGGAAGUUAUCGAAGCUCGGAACACGGAAGGGGAGGUGAUUCACAUGGAGUGAGAAAUUGAAUCAGUACAUGUCGGGCAACAGCCGCGUUCAACAUUGUCAUCCUGACAUCGAGGUCAAGGUUUCGAAAUCGUUCGAUAAUCUGGAGGGCCGUGAGUGUUUGCUGGAGAUUUGAUAGCGUAUUGCUGCAACUCACCCAACAUUGUCAGUACUUCGACACUCCGUACUGUCUUCUUCUCAGACGACGCGAUGGUCACCAAAGAGAGAUGUCUCAGGCUGAAAUCUAAGAGCAGGUCAAGCUGGUGGAUGUUGUUUGGUCGGGAUUGCUGAAAAUGCAGUCGAGCAAAGUUUCAGAUUUCCAAGGAAUAAAAGCUUCUGCACCAGUUGCAUUACCAAUGUGGGUUCCUAAAGAAGAUUCUUCGCAAUAUCCGUUCGAAGACAAACCUCACAGUACCUUUACAGGUCCUCCACCUGGUCUUCCUCCAUCAUCUGGACCUCUUGGCCCGUCUCAUUUCCAGCAACGACCUCAAGGUCCAUAUAUCGGACUUCCACAUGGUUCAUCUUCUCAGCAUCCACAGGGGUCUGCAGGUCCUUCUUUUCCAAAUCCUCACAUGCAAGACCGCGGCGCACCUCUCCCUCCUCAACCCGGUGCUGCAGUACCUCCUGCUUCGCAAUCCUACAUGCAUCAGCAAAGACCCAACGGGCUCCCUAUGACACCUCCACCACAACAUCCUCCUUAUACAGGGCCUCCCUUGCCAAAUCACCAUGGCCCAGGUAACUUCUCACAACCCAAUGUUCAACCUCCGUCUCAACCACUCUCUCAUCAAAUCACGCCUCCAGGAAAUGCACCUAGCCAGUCUUCUUUCCAGACAGGCUUAAAUGCUCAGCUUGCUCCUGGAGGUCCUCCUCCCUUUCCCUACCAGCAGCAUCACUUAUUGCCACUCACGUUCCAAUCGUCUCUCUCUAGUACAGAGAACAAUGUGCAGGGAAUUGCAGCCGUUUCUCCGGCACAACCCUUUCAUGGUCCUCCGACACCUCAUUCGCAUGGUGGUCCUCCAGGUUUACCUUCUUAUGGAGUCUCUCAAGUGGCGCAGGGGCCUUUGCCAGGUCCUCCUCCGCACCCAACAGCUCACAGUGCACCAGCUUCUCCCGGGCAAAUGUUACCGCAUGGAGGUCAUUCUAAUAGGAUUGGUCCGUUUCAGCCACAUGGGAAGGUGAUGAAUGCUACUUCGAUUCCCCAAGGCCAUCAAGCUAUUCAGCAUUCUGGGACGUCGGGAGGCUCUGGACGACCGUCGAAGUUUUCCUCUCAAGCUCAAGGACCUCCGUCUCAAUUCUCGCCUCAGCCUCAAGUUGAUAACCGUCAAAUUACUAUGCAGGGUUCUCAGGUAGUACCUUCUCAACAUGCUCAUCAUGCGCUUCAAAAUUCAAUGGUACAGGGUGGUCCUGCUCAAAAUCCAUCCAAAUUUCACUCACCGCCCUUUGGUGCAACUUCACACGGUUCAACACCCUCUCAGUCAGAGAGUAAUGAUGCAGCCCAUGUUCCACAGUAUCACUCAUCUGGACCACACCAGUCCGGUUCUCAACAUUAUCACAACAAUUUUCACUACCCUCAGGGAUUACAUGGCCCUGGAAUACCUCCUUGGCAACAGCCUCGUCUUCCUCACUUGAAUCCUUCUCAACAACUGGGUUCGUGGCAACAAAGAAGUAGUAAUCAAGCGCAGGAAAUGAUGGCCUCUGGCUAUCAUUCUGAAGGUCCGAGUCUUCAGCAUUCAGGAAACGUACAUCAGUCUCAGAACUUUCAAUCAGCGCAGGAGAAGGUUACGGGUCAGCAAGAUUCUUCGUAUGACGAACCAAAGAUGCGACGGGAGCAAAAGAGGAAGUCACGGUGGGAUCCAGCUCCAGAAGAGCAGUCCACGAAAGAUGGACUACCACAAGCGGACGAAUCUUGGCAACCUCCCCUAGUUGAUAAGUCUUGGUAUCCUGGACCUUGUUCUGGACAACCACAGGGACUAUUGGAAAAUCAAAAUGGGCAUUCGGGUCUUGUUUCAACCGCGAAUAGCCGCAGUAACACCGUUGGAUCUAUGGAGCUAGCAGUUCAAGCAGCAGUACUUCGCGAGCAGGAAAACAGCGCCCAGGAGAUCAUAUCCCUGCAAAGACGUGAGAAGAGACCUCACGAAACGAUGGAGAUGGCUGAAAGAGACAUCAUGUCAUUACGACACGAUCCUGUUGAUUUAAAGGAGAAACUUUUGAGGAUGACUUCUGAACAUCGGGUGGACAUGGCUUCCAAGCGUGGAAGAUCCAAUCAACAUGACCAAGGUGAGAAUCUGGAAAUCGGAAACGGGUAUGGAGUACCAGGGGGUGGAGCAUAUUACAACAGUGCGCGUCCUCCAAUGUUCAGUAUUGGUGCUGGUCCUACUGGGUUUAGAACAGAUUGUGCACGACCGUCUCUCGAGAGCAUGCAUGAUGGACGGUCUAGUGUUCCAAUGCAGGGGCCAUCAGGUCCACUCAGGGACACAGAAAAUGGUAACGAAAGGUUUAACUCGAGCAUAAAUCACCGCAAUUCUAAAGAUGAUCACAUGAGUGGUGGGAGAAGCGAAGCUGUGCCAGGUAGUCAUAAUGACUAUGACAUUGGCGUAGAAAGAACGGAUUUGCCAGAUUUGUUGAAGCAACGGUUAAAGGCUCGAGGCAUUUUGAAGGAAGAAACUGCUGCUGAGUCGGCAUUAGUGGACUCAUCAGAUGGUAGGCCCUCCCAGAAAGACUCAUCGCCAGCAGUUCUCCCUGCAGGCUGGGUAGAAGGUGUUGAUCCAGACAGUGGAAUUGUUUAUUACUUCAAUCAAACCACUGGAAAAAGUCAGUGGGAGCGACCUACCGUGAAAGCUGUUUUGCCACCUCCUCCACCACCACCAGCACUGCCACCUUUGCCUCCAGACUGGGAGGAAACAACGGACGUUGGCACGGGACAGAAGUACUACUAUAAUAUGAAGACCAACGAAUCAAGCUGGGAGAGGCCAAAGCCAGUUAAUGGAGUCUCAGCAUCUAAGAAACAAGAACAUCUUGGCACAGAAGCUGUAUCCAACGGAGCUGCUGCGAAAUUUAAAAAGUGUGCUGGUUGUGGUGGUUGGGGUCGAGGUUUAGUGCAGGCUUGGAACUAUUGCAAUCAUUGUACGAGAGUUCUCAGCAUAGAGGUUCCACCUCAAACCGCUUCGUCGGUUUCGAAACGAAAUUCUUCUUUGGUAGCGACCACGACUGUGGACUCCGUUCUUGAUGAGGUUUCUGCGGAACCAGAGUUCAAGCACAAAUGGCAAGCUGAUAUUGCUGCUGCCGUCGAAGCUGAAACCGUGAAGAAAGAUCCAAAGCAAAGAUUGGGUUUAAGGCCACCGACAGGGAAGGCCAAUCGGAAGGACCAAAAAAGAAGAAUUCCUACGGAAUCGGAUGAAUUGGAUCCUAUGGAUCCUAGUGCUUACUCCGAUGCCCCUCGUGGUGGAUGGGGAGUCGGUCUGAAAGGUCAACAACCACGCGCGGCAGAUACGACGGCUACUGGUCCUUUAUUUCAACAACGACCGUAUCCGUCACCCGGGGCAGUGCUGAGGAGGAAUGCAGAGCUUGCUGGACAUCAGCAGGCCAAGGCCGGUCCCAAUUAUUCCGUGAUUCAUAAACGGGGAGAUGGUAGUGAUGGUCUAGGGGAUGCGGAUUGAAUCAAAGCCCAGUCUGAGUAUUCUAGGUUAGCUAUUCCCAUUGGUGAAUUUUAGAUUUGGAAGCCGUUGUCAGGUCCACAGAGGUUAUUGAUCUCUAGGGCAUGAUAUUAGUUUAGUAACUCAGGAUCAAGUCUUUGUCUGUAAGUGGAAUUCAGUAAAGUUGGAAGUCCCCAAGCUUUUGUUGCAAUGUAGUCAUCUUACUUCCCUGAGCUUGAAAACAUAACGAAGAUGUCAAUUUAAAGAGAGUCAGUGUUCUUUUCUUAAAAUCAAUUCUUCUUCGAAGUAAUAGAAACAUGUACCAGUCAAAGCUUGGUUGAGCUUCUACCCGAAGACAAUCCAAUAGGAAGGUCUGUAUUUUAUCACACAGCGGGAGGCAAUUCCAGCGUGUUACUACG